AUGUACAAUGCCACCAAAGAUAAGGAACGAAACCAGCCCUCCACUUCUCGAGGGCCGGGUUUAGCGUACUGCCUGCCGGCGGAGACCCUGAACGAGAUAUUUCACUUUGUUCGAGGAAACGGGUACAGUAACAGCCUGCUUCCCGUCAGUGAAGUCUGCCGAUACUGGCGGGAGGUUGCGCUUGAUGACCCUACUCUAUGGUGCAAGCCGUGCCUAUCGCACCCAAAACUCAUUGAAGAGGUCCUGAACCGCAACAAAGGACGUUCCUUGAAUAUAACGGUCAAUGGCGACUUCUGCGCCUUCAGAGGCGGCCUGCCCGUCUACCAACCGUUCGGCGGCGACAUCAACCACCGGAACCACGGAAUUAUGAGGAUGCUGGCCUGUGUACACCAGGCUACGAAGCUCAAGAUGAAGGCUGGUGUGUGGACCUAUGUAUAUGAAGGCUUCCACCCGGACCAGGACGCCAACGAGCUCUUUCAAGGUGAAUUUCCCCAGUUGCGUCAUCUCAGACUGGACUCUCUGCCCAGUCCUCAGCUGUGCCGACCUCCUGCAAGCCCUCCACGACGCGCCCCUCCUGGAGUCUCCGGAUGCACUAUCCCGCUGAACGAUGCUGGCGGUCUCGAUGCGCCAGACGUAUCCAAGGGCGACGCGGAAGCCACCCUCCGCCACCUAUCCCGCCUGAAAUACACGUCCGGCGCGCUCCUUAGCUUCACGCACCUGAUGGCGCACCUGCGCGUCCGGCAGCCGGUCCAGCUGGAUCUCGAGGCCUUCCACGCGGGCGGGGCGCCCCAUCCGAUCCGCACGCGCAGCGUCGAGCUCCGCGCGUGGGGCCACGUCGCGGAGGGCGGAUACGCGCCGCUCGACGACGCCCGCGCGUCGAGCGUCCGCGUUCGCUCGGACGCCGCCGAGAGCCUGCGGAGUCGGCUAUGGUAUCCUUACUUCGCGCUCGCGGACGUGAAGGCGAUCCGCGUGGGGUGCGUCCACGGGUCUCGCGCGAGCCAUCUCCCAGAGUACUUCGGGGCCGUCGAUGCACUGGAGGCACUGGAUAUCCCGGUGGUUAACUGUGCGGGCGAGGUGCCCUCCCUUCUCGCGACGAAGCAGCGGUCCGAAGACCCGCAGCAUCCGGGGCUGUUCCCCCGGCUGAGGCGGCUGAAGGUACGGGCAACGGAGCCUUGGAUGCCAAUGCCGCCUGCGAUUGUCUCUCUGCUCCGAGAGUAUCUGAAGGAGCGGUCCGAGAGCGGUGAUCCUCUCGACGAGCUGCGCGUCCCCGACGGCUCUCUCCGAGCUGCCCCGAGCGCCAGUGUAGAAUCCGAAAUCAAAGGAUAUGUCCGUGACCUCGUUUUUGUCCCUUUCGAAGGGCAGACACGUUGA